GAGAAUUAUCAUAAUUAAAAAAACACUGUCAAAAACCGCAAAUGGGUGACUGACGGACAGAAGAAUGUGCUUUUUGUAAUUGUAGGAUUUCUUUGCCACGUUUUGUAUAGUCCGAAACAUCGUCAUUUCAUAAUAUUUGAUAAUUACACAUAGUGAGACACGAGAACCUAUUUUAUGUCUUUACAGUUGAAAGAAAUUUGGCCUUAGAAACGGACCACACACAACUGCCACAAGUCACGAGUCUCAACAUUUUACAACAGUUUUUUAUAACUUUUACAUGAUAGAGGUGUGUCCAGGAAGUGUAUUUUCGAAUGUGUAGAAAUGACGACGUCUUCGGAGGAUGUGUUGUUAAGCGUAAGCUACGUGAGGUAUAAAAAAGGAGACGGAACAUUGUAUGUGAUGAACCAGAGACUGGCAUGGAUGCUGGAGAAUAGGGACACUGUGGCAGUGUCUCAUAAGUACGCCGAUAUCAAGACACAAAAAAUUUCACCAGCUGGAAAAAGCAAAGUACAGUUGCAAGUUGUACUUUAUGAUGGAACAUGUUCCACAUUCCACUUUGUUAAUCCAGCGGGUCCGGAAGCUCAAGCUAAAGACCGAGACCAGGUGAAGAUGUUACUCCAGGACUUACUGCCCAAGUUUAAACGACAAAUAGAUGGGGAACUUGAAAUGAAAUCCAGACUCUUGUCACUUCACCCUACUUUGAAACAUUUAUAUGAGGAUCUGGUUAUAUCACAAGUGAUUAGUAGCGAUGUGUACUGGAAUACUCCUACCUUGAAACAAUAUACGGAGUCCAACAAUGUUAAACAAGAAGCAGGAGUCUCAGGAGCAUUUCUAGCUGACAUUCAGCCACAAACUGAUGGUUGUAAUGGCCUCAAGUACAAUCUCACUCAAGACAUAAUAGAUGCAAUAUUCAAAACAUAUCCAGCAGUAAGAAAGAAACAUAUGGAUUAUGUUCCAAAGAAAAUGACUGAAGCAGAGUUCUGGACUAAAUUCUUUCAAUCCCAUUAUUUUCACAGGGAUCGUAUUGCUUCGGCGUCAAGUAAAGACUUAUUCGGAGAAUGUGCCAAAAUGGAUGACCAAGCGAUAGCCUCAGCCAUGAAACAUACUACUUUAGAUCUCACUGUGGAUUUACCUCAAUUUGUGGAACCAAUUCCUCUUUUGCCCAAUGAAGAAGACACACCGCACGAGAAAGAGCGUGGAGAUAGCACAUCCAUACAUCGUAAUAUGAUAAAACGAUUCAAUCAACACUCGAUAAUGGUGCUCAAAGCUAGUCAUAAAACGAAUUCUAGUAAUAAUAAUAACAGCAGUAGUAGUAAGACGACAAACAAUAACAACAAGAUUGUCGAGAAUGGAAUGCAGAAUGGUAAUGGAGUUGCAAAGAAACGGUCAUCUGAAGACAAAACCUUUGAACCCCAUGAGAAAAAGAAAAGGAUUUUAGAAAAAAUUCAUUACGAAGAUCUCGAAAGCUCAAGUAAAAGAGAGGAUACACAGGAACUAAAGCUGUCUAAGAUUGAACGUUACUUACUAGGACCAUCUUCCCAAUCAUACCACACCAUUACACAAGGGAACAAUCCACCUCCUUUAUCGGCGCUGGCGUCGAUUUGUCAGGCUUGGUCAAGCGGACAGCAAUGUCAACGUCCUGUGAGGUUGAGUGCAGCAUGCGCUGUAGGCGCUUUAGGCGAACUCAGUCCUGGCGGGGCCUUAAUGAGGCAACAUCAUGCCGCUUCCAUGUCACAACUGAUUCCACAAGAUGUUAAGGCUGAACUUCAUCGCCUGUACCUCUCGGGUGGAGAAUUGCUACGCGAACUGUGGAAAUGUUUCCCUCAACCAGGUUCGGUGGCUGACUCCGAGGAUGCUGCUGCCAAAGCUAGCAAGUUCUAUGAUGCGCUACUAAGAUUUAAAUCUAUGAAACUGAGGCCGUUUGAGGAGAAAAUGCUGCGCGAUCUAACUCCUUUGGCUACAUCAUUGACGCGCCACAUGAAUCAAAUGAUUGAUACCGCUUGCACAAAAUACGCAAUAUGGCAUGAUCGACAAUCUAAAAUGCGGUAGUAUCCAUUGAAUCGAUAUUCGGAUCCUACUUACCCAAUAACUAUGGUAGGUAGACAAUAAAUACUAUGGCAACUAUAGUAUCACAUAACAGUAUGUCAUAUAAUAUGACACUUGAAGGAGUGAAGUGUCCUUACAGUUACUCAAUUGGGGAUACAAAGAGUAUAUAUUAUGUGCCUAUAGUGUGUGCGGAGGGAAAGAUUUUCAUAGGUUACUGCGAACUGUAUUCUACAACGGCACGGAGUGACAUUAUGUGUGACCUGUUUAAAACAAUGAUAUUCCCUGAGCUGAGUUAGUUACGUCGUGUUAACUGCUUAUUCCAGAGACUGAUGCAAAUGUUGAACUCUAGCAACGAGGACUGUAGAACUUACCAGCAUGUUAAAUCAUAUCUUGAGCACAAUUAUUAGUGGAGACUUUUUCUUAACCAAAAAAAAAAACCCAUUUUUCUUUUACUUUUUCUAACAAAUAAUGUGUUGUAUAGAAACUGCUUCAGCGAUGGCUUUAGUUGCAUUUUCUUUUAAACAAAAUAACCCACCCAGUGUUGUAUACCUAAAUUGCUUUUUUUUCUGUACUGUAGCUAUACACGGUCAUUCCGUUCGACGACGACGACGACGGUAUUACCUGAGCAGGUCCCGAAUUACCUCGUUAUAUUAAACAAUUUUAGCAAAUUGAAAAUGAAACUAAAUCGCUUACAUUGAUUUUUUCAAUAGAACUUGUAAAUGGCCCCAAACGUUGGAUUGUUUGAGAAAAAUAUACGCUAUUUUAAAUCCAAUAAAAUAGUUUCACUUACGAUAUGUAGUGAUCGAAAAAACUUUAGCAAAAUUAUAAUUUAAAAUUCUUGAACAAAAUUUGUGUCCUCAUUCAAAUUUAUUGAUGUUCUACGUGCAUAAUUCACCUGAGUAAAGAAGUCCUUAGUAUUGCAAAAGUCUACAGGCAAAAAUUACUGCUUUGCAUCAAUUGUAACAUCUGUUUGCUGGUUUGCAUACCAUAGAAAAUUACAAAAUGUAUUUUGAACAUUUGUAUGAAAAAUCCAAAGCAUUGGUGUAAAGUAUUUAAGUCAGUGGUUUCAUUUAACCAACCAGUCAUUGGAAUAAAUUUUCAAAAUAUCGAUAUGCGGUUUAUAAUAU